AUGUUAAAAUAUAUUGUUAUUAUUAAUAGAACAGGUCAAACAAGAUUAUCAAGAUUUUAUGAUGAAUCACUUCAAAGAGAUAAAACAAAUUUAUGUAACGAAAUCUAUCGUAAAUGUAUUACUGCAUCAGAGCAAAGUAAUGUUGUGUAUGAAUGUCGUGACCAUCGGUUUGUGAUGAGAAGAUUUGCUUCAAUCUUUGUUAUUGUUGGAUUUGAUGAAGAAGAAAAUGAAUUGGCGAUUUAUGAAUUUAUUCAUUUUCUAGUUCAGAUAUAUGACCUUUUAUUUGAUAAUGCAUGCGAGAUUGAUAUUAUUUCACGAAUUGAUGAUGCAUUAUGGGUCAUUGACACAAUUGUAUGUGAUGGGUUGAUAAUGAACACAAAUAGAGAAGCAAUAUUAGAAGAAUGUAAUUACAUGAAAGAAAAGAGUUCAAUAUAUUCAUUUAAAUCUCAAUUAAUUUGA